GCGCCCUUCGCCUCGCUUUCCCCUGCUCCCGGAGCUCGUCCCCCAUAGCUGUGCAGCCGGGACCGGCGGCUAACGGAUGGAGCAGGAGAAAGCUAUGUCCGGAGAGGGGGAGGCAGCGGAGGUGGCCAUUGCAGCGACGGCCACGGCCGGAGAGGGGGGCGAUGCCCCUCCACAGCCCCCAAAGUCUAAGGAGCCCGCCGCUCCGCAGACGUCGGAGGCGACCAAGGACGAGGUUCCCCCGGAGCGGCCCCCGUUGCGCUGCCUGGUGCUCACUGGCUUCGGUGGCUAUGACAAAGUAAAGCUGCAGAGCCGUCCGGCUGCCCCUCCGGCCCCGGGCCCGGGACAGCUGACCGUUCGGGUCCGAGCCUGCGGCCUCAACUUUGCUGACCUCAUGAUUCGUCAGGGGGUGUACGACCGCCUGCCGUCGGUGCCCUUCACCCCCGGGAUGGAGGGUGCGGGCGUUGUGAUUGCGGUGGGAGAGGGAGUCAGCGACCGCAAGGUAGGUGACCGGGUGAUGGUGCUGGUGAGCUCUGGGAUGUGGCAGGAGGAGGUGACUGUGCCAGCUGUCCAGACAUUCCCAAUGCCAGAAGCCAUGUCCUUUGAGGAGGCAGCUGCCUUGCCGGUCAAUUACAUCACCGCCUACAUGGUCCUUUUCGACUGUGGCAAUCUUCGGCCUGGCCACAGUGUUCUGGUCCACAUGGCCGCAGGAGGGGUAGGCUUGGCAGCCAUCCAGUUGUGCAAGACAGUGGAGAACGUGACCGUGUUUGGGACGGCUUCGGCCAGCAAGCAUGAUGUGCUGAAGGAGAAGGGGGUCAGCCACCCCAUUGACUACCACACAUCCAACUAUGUGGAUGAAGUCAAAAAGAUCUCCCCCAAAGGGGUGGACAUUGUCCUCGAUCCACUGGGUGGAGCAGAUACCUACAAAGCUUACAACCUUCUAAAACCGAUGGGUAAAGUUGUCACCUAUGGGGUGGCCAACUUGCUGACCGGCCCAAAACGGAACCUGAUGGCAAUGGCUAAAACCUGGUGGAAUCAGUUCAGCGUGUCUGCCUUGCAGCUGCUGCAGGCAAAUCGGGGCAUUUGUGGUUUCCACCUCAACUACCUGGAGAAUGAGGUGGAACUGGUCAGCAGGGUGGUGCUGCAACUGAUGACCCUGUACAGCGAGGGCCACAUCAAGCCUCACAUUGACUCGGUCUGGCCCUUUGAAAAGGUGGCUGAUGCCAUGAAGCAAAUCCAAGAGAAGAAGAAUGUGGGCAAAGUCAUCCUGGUGCCCAAUUCAGAGAAGAAGAACUAGAAGGGGAGGGUCAUGGCAGGGGAGAAAGGUUGGGGGGCAGAGAGGACAAGGGUGAGACUUGGGGGACCUAGAGUAAUAUUCUUUUGGGUUACUACUGAUGCCUCUGCCUUCUUCCUUCUUCAGCUCUCCCAAAUACACUUCCCUUCCAAGGGUCAGGGAUGGUCUCCAUGGUGUGAUGACCUCUCUCCAAUCGUAUUUCUUUCCUCUUGGUCAGGGCUGCCUCCCCUCCCUUCCUCUUCCCCCAGAAGGUUAGGAAGUGACCACUUGGAUGUAUGGGCCCUGCUGAGUGGGCAGGGACCCACCCAGGGGCCCAGCUGCUUCUUCCCACCCCACCUCUUGUUCCCCUGGGCUUUCUGCCCUGCUUGUGCCAAGUUUAACCUCUUCCCUCCUCCCACCCUCCCUCCCCUGUUGUGUACGAGUUGGUCUCUGUUAAUCGUCCCGAUUCUACUCCCUUACUUCCCCCAAAGAAACUGAAAUGCCAGCUCAGGGUGGGGGUAAGGGGGACCAUCCUUGUGAGUCUAGUACAUGCCCCGUCUCGGCUGCACUAAGUCUGAAUAGCCGCAGAGCUGACCAGUCUCUAAAAUGACAUACGGGGUGUCCCAGAGGUCUCAGGGCUGUUUUAAGCUUGCUGAAAAUGGCCCUAAGACUUCUGGGACACCCUGUAUAAAUGUUAGCAGCUAUUAGUCAGUAGCUAAGCCCAGUCACCAUGCCCCUCCUUCUUAUUCCUGACUUUAUAAGCACAACUGGGCCUCUCCUAACACAGGGCUCUUCCACAGUUUUAACCUAGUUUGUGUCUUACACCCUAGGGAAGAGAACAUACUGUCCUUACCACCCCCUUAGGCUCUGAGGGGGCGUGGCAGGAAUCCCCUUGGCUUCCCCUCUUACACUGAGUUCCUUAGAUCUGUUCUCAGUGCCUUGGCAUCUGAAAAGUUUUUUGUGUUCAUGGGGAGUAUAAGUGUAUUUUUCCCCCUAGGUUCUCACCCCCAGCACUCCCCAGUGCCUUGUUCUGAUGGAGCUGGGGUUUCCAGUCCCACUGCGCUGCCAAAAAUCUAUGUGUGUCUGAGGAGGGGGUGGGGAUCCAGAGGCCUGUAGUCUCUGGGGCUUGGUAAGAAAAAACAAACUCCCCACCCUUUUGCCAGUCUAUCUUAUCUGUCUGUUUCUGGUUGGGGAGGAUCUUUUUUUCAGCCUUGCAGAUAACUGUGGAAUUUACCAGCCUGGGCUCUUAGAGACAAUUGUGUCAAUUUCCAAACUCUGGGAGCAAAGUAAAAUUCGAAGCACAUUCCAGCUUGAGUCCUGUGAGGCCCCAACCGACUUUUGCUGUCCUCAGAGUGGGAGGCAAUUUUCUUAAACAUAGUCCUGGAUUUCUUGUUUACAUUGGGGAUUGGUUGGGGAGGGGGGAGGGAAGAGAACAGCAGGCAGAUUUGGGCAUCUGCCCUUGGGUCCCUGAGCUGGAGGCCAAAUGUCAGGAUUCUGAGGGUGAGCACUGUCAGCCCCUCUUCCUCCAUCUCUCAAUUGAGAAUGGGGGAUGAGGGGCAGGUAGGUCACAACCCUGGCCACUGCCAAAUGACCGAUGUGGGGAAGGGGGUGGAUAUAUAUCCCUCCCUCAUUUUCUAAGCAAGGCCUAAAGUGAAAUGUGAUUUUCUUCUUGUGUGUUUGUCUCCCUCAUCCACCCACUGCCGAAGCUGCCUUUGUGUUUGUCAAUAAAGCGCUGUCCCUAUAGCUCCUCUUCAGA